UAUUCGGCUAAAAUGCCCUGGCACGGGCAUACGUAGUCGUCGGUCCGCCAUUACGACGCAGCCGAGACACGUUCGUCGUAUUUAGUUAAAUAUUUUGGUUUAUAAAUGAGUAAUAACGCUCAUGAUCUAAGUAAUCGACUUCUGAAUGCGUUGGAUAACAAUUACAAUGUUGUCGACAUGCAGGCCGUCAAUGAAAUCAUUUCCAUUUUGGAGAAAUUCAAUAUCACAAAAGAGUUGCUGGAGACCACCAGACUCGGCAAGCAUGUGAACGAGCUGAGACGGAAGACCACAGACCCGACGCUCGCGCGCCGCGCCAAGGUGUUGGUGAAGCGCUGGCGAGACCUCGUCAUCCCGACGGUCGCUUCGCCGGGACACACUGGUUCGAACCGGUCGUCGGCGGAGCGACAGAUGCGCCGCCUCGGGGGCACACCGCUCACCUCGCCUGCGCUGUCCAGGGUGGUGAGCCCGGCAGUCAAUAGUCCCCGACCGCCGUCGCGUCCGGCAUGGGGCGGCUACGAGUCGGACUCGCAGGACGUCAUCCUGGUGGACGACGACCCCCCGCCCGCGCCUCUUCUGGCCCCGCCCACUUCACUCGCCCCGCCCACUACGCCGCACAAGCCGUUAACGCCACCUGUAAAAAGGCCGACUUCUCCCGUGGGAUUGCACGACGAGAAGAAAGCGAAACGGGACAAAAAACCUAAGAGAAGAAGGGGCCACAGCCGAGCGGGCUCCGGCACAGAAGCGUCGGGGGCCCCGCCAGCCCCCGCGCCGCCCAGCCCCGCCCCCGCCGCGUCUGCCCCGGGGGGGCCCUGGGGGGCGCGCAACGGGGCAUCCGAGCGCCGCCGCAACGGGUACAGACGAGACAAGCUGGACCCGUACGCGGCGCUCGUCAACAAGCUGCCGCCGGCUGGGGCUAAGAAGGUGAAAACAACUAAGGAGUUGUUAGAAGAGAUCCAGUCGCGCGGCGCCUCCGCGCCCGCGCCCGCCGCGCCGCCCGAGUCUGCUGACAACGACGUCAUGCUCGUGGAGCCGGCGCCGGCCGCGCCCGCGCCCGCCGCGCCGCCCGAGUCCGCUGACAACGACGUCAUGCUCGUGGAGCCGGCGCCCUGCCCCAUCAAGGUGGACUCCCCUCUCCGCAACGGGGGCUCCCCCUCCCCGCCCGGCUCCCCCUUCGUCCCGCUCGAAGACGAGCGAGAAUACAGCGAGUGCACGUGCGGCGAGGAGCCGUCGCCGCGCUGUCCCGCCGCCGCCGCCGCGCGAGUGAGGCCGCACCACGUGACGGCGCUACACCACGCCUACCUGCCUGGGGUCAAUGGCACCAGCGAGUGCACGUGCGGCGAGGAGCCGUCGCCGCGCUGUCCCGCCGCCGCCGCCGCGCGAGUGAGGCCGCACCACGUGACGGCGCUACACCACGCCUACCUGCCUGGGGUCAAUGGCACCAGCGAGUGCACGUGCGGCGAGGAGCCGUCGCCGCGCUGUCCCGCCGCCGCCGCCGCGCGAGUGAGGCCGCACCACGUGACGGCGCUACACCACGCCUACCUGCCUGGGGUCAAUGGCACCAGCGAGUGCACGUGCGGCGAGGAGCCGUCGCCGCGCUGUCCCGCCGCCGCCGCCGCGCGAGUGAGGCCGCACCACGUGACGGCGCUACACCACGCCUACCUGCCUGGGGUCAAUGGCACCAGCGAGUGCACGUGCGGCGAGGAGCCGUCGCCGCGCUGUCCCGCCGCCGCCGCCGCGCGAGUGAGGCCGCACCACGUGACGGCGCUACACCACGCCUACCUGCCUGGGGUCAAUGGCACCAGCGAGUGCACGUGCGGCGAGGAGCCGUCGCCGCGCUGUCCCGCCGCCGCCGCCGCGCGAGUGAGGCCGCACCACGUGACGGCGCUACACCACGCCUACCUGCCUGGGGUCAAUGGCACCAGCGAGUGCACGUGCGGCGAGGAGCCGUCGCCGCGCUGUCCCGCCGCCGCCGCCGCGCGAGUGAGGCCGCACCACGUGACGGCGCUACACCACGCCUACCUGCCUGGGGUCAACGGCACCAGCGAGUGCACGUGCGGCGAGGAGCCGUCGCCGCGCUGUCCCGCCGCCGCCGCCGCGCGAGUGAGGCCGCACCACGUGACGGCGCUACACCACGCCUACCUGCCUGGGGUCAAUGGCACCAGCGAGUGCACGUGCGGCGAGGAGCCGUCGCCGCGCUGUCCCGCCGCCGCCGCCGCGCGAGUGAGGCCGCACCACGUGACGGCGCUACACCACGCCUACCUGCCUGGGGUCAAUGGCACCAGGGUACAAGUACAGCGAGUGCACGUGCGGCGAAGAGGCGUCGCCGCGCGAGUGAGGCCGCACCACGUGACGGCCCUACACCACGCCUACCUGCCUGGGGUCAAUGGCACCAGCGAGUGCACGUGCGGCGAGGAGCCGUCGCCGCGCUGUCCCGCCGCCGCCGCCGCGCGAGUGAGGCCGCACCACGUGACGGCGCUACACCACGCCUACCUGCCUGGGGUCAAUGAAUACAGCGAGUGCACGUGCGGCGAGGAGCCGUCGCCGCGCUGUCCCGCCGCCGCCGCCGCGCGAGUGAGGCCGCACCACGUGACGGCGCUACACCACGCCUACCUGCCUGGGGUCAAUGGCACCAGGGCUCCGCUGUACCCGCACAAGUUUGCGGUGCGCGCGGCGGCGCGGGCGGACGAUCCGUCGCUUUUCGCGUCUGUCGUGCCGCUGUACAACUACUCCGACUACGCCGACGACUACUGCGCUAAGAACAUGUACAAGGUGCCGAUCUGCGAGAGCAUACCAAUGUGUACGUUUGCGCCGCCGCCGCUGUCGCCGCCGCCGCCGCCGUCGCCGCCGCCGCCGCGGCCCUACCCGCUCGACCCCGACCCCGAUGCCCCGGGGAAAGGGGAGGGGGAGGAGAUGGACGUCGACUGCAGUCCGGAGAAGUGCCUUCUUGAGGAGACCUCGCCAAUAAAGUACGAGUCGAUCAAGAUCGAGCCGGAAGCGGUGGGCGCUCCGCCCUUAGAGCCGAGCGAGCGGCUGAAGGCCCCUCUGCUGGCCCCCGACGAGGCCCCCGUGGCCCCCGACCCCCCGGCCUGCCCCCCGCCAGCCAACCAGCCCCCCGCACACAGAACCGUCGAGAAGACGAAAGAAGAGCCCGAGUUAGACGGUCGCGCGUUGUACGACCAGUGUCGCCGCGCGAUCGAUUCAAUACCCUACGAUUACGCGCAGUUAAGACCAGCUCCGGAAAUAACGCUGCCUGUAGGAGUGGAUAAUGAAGAGGAGGCGCAGGCGAUGGUGGAUAAUGAAUUGGAAGCGGAGAGGGAGGAUGAAAGGGACGAAUUGGGGAGGCCGGUGCGCCCGCGACGCUUCGCCGAGUGGCACGAGUGUGCUCGACUGGGGGGCCUGGUGGCCCUGCCUUAUGUCGUCAUCGACUGACGGCCCGGCCCCGCCCUACGUCGUCGUCGACUGAGGCCGGCCCCGCCCCGCCCAUGUGAUUUGCUCAAUGUGAUGUGAUUAAGUUAGCCGUAAGCCCCGAAGUGAUUAUUGUGAUUGUUCGUUUGCAGUUCUUGGUUUUUGUUUUGUGACGUUACUGGAAUUCGAUGAGCUUGAAAUACAAGGUUAUAGUUAGAAUGUAUGAAUAUACGCGUAAAGAGUUAAAGUAUUAUAUUCUCAUCCGUAGUCCGAUUGAAUUGAAUGAUUCAGAAUGGAAUUUAUAUUCGGUGGGAGAGAACUUUUCAAAUCCAUAAAUAACUAUGAAGAAGAAUGAUUAAAACAAUAAAAGUGUAUGUUACACCUUAAAUCUUUUUGUUUUUACUCUAAAACAGAUAAUACACAUUAUUAUAACAUAUUGCCUCAAAAGUAUGCAUAAU